AUGGUAUUAAAUCCCAAAGUUGAUCCAGCCGUCGCAAUACAGCAAGUAAAGAGCAUCAAAGAAAUAAGCGCGCAGCUCACUUCUCAGGCAUUCAGCGUGAAAAUGAUGGGUCAGAAUGCAAAGAAAUAUAAAACAGACUGCGUAUCUUUUGGCAAUAGAAUCCAGCUGUCAGCCGAGCGGGCGGCGAGCUUUGCAAAAAAAAUUGAAGAAGACCCACCAGAAAUUGUUGCUAUGAAAUAUGAUUUGGAAUCUGCUAUAGAAGAAUUAGAGAAAUCUAGACAAAUAUUUCAGCAAAUUGCUAUGUUUGUUCAGCAGAACCAGCUUCCGCCACUUCCAAAUCAAAGACCUAAUCCAGCUGAAGACUUUCGUAUUCAACACUUGCUCGUAGAUUACAACCGUCGUCUAGAUAAUUGUAUUGGUAAUGUAUCAGUUGCUUUCGCAUCGCAUAAAUUACAAAGGUCUCUUACAAUUGAGGAGGAAGAAGAAGUUCUUAAAACGUUAAAGGGGGAUGUGGAAAAGGAAUUGUCCAGGUUGGAAGAAUUGAAAAAACUAAAACAAGCUGGUGGCAAUGACGAUAAGAGCCAAUGGUUAAGAUUGGCUAUUGAGCAGCAGCACUUGAGGUCUAUACCUUUUGAUCAGAUUAAAGUUAACAACUUUUUGAGACGUGGAGGUUUUGGUGUAGUAUAUCAAGCCGAUUGGGAUGAUACGCCGGUUGUUCUGAAACAACUCUUUGACCAAAAAGAUUUUGUUCAGGAAAUUCGUCUUCACAAGAGAGUUCACGAUGGAGAUUAUAUUGUUAAAUUACAUGGAAUUACUAAAGAUAACGACGGGAACUUGGGCAUGAUUAUGAAAUAUGCAGCACACGGUAGUCUAAGGGAUUACCUAAAGUCGCAUGCUAGUGAAUUAACGUGGUAUCAGAAAGUUCAGUUAUCUAAACAGAUUACCAUUGGCUUAUCUUUUAUUCACAGAGAGAGAAUUUUCCACAGAGGCAAUAUUUUAGUAGAUGAAAACGGAGGCCCGAUGAUAACAGAUUUUGGUCUCUCACGAGCCGAUCAAAUUGUGGUUCCUUCCAAUCGCUCUUCAGAUAGUCCAGUAUAUGGCUUAGUGGCGUACACGGCCCCGGAAAGACUCAAAGAUUCUUCACUACCAUUUGAUGAAAAAUGUGAUAUUUACUCACUUGGUGUAGUACUCUGGGAGAUUGGAUCGGGCAAGAAACCAUUCAAAGAGCAUCAAAAUGAUAUGUCGUUGGGGGUGAAUAUAGUCAUGGGUCAAAGAGAGAAAUUUGGAAAAGGAGUGCCUCUGCGGUACAAGGAAUUAGUGGAAAGAUGUUGGCAUGACAAUCCCAACGAAAGGCCCAGUAUGAGAGAAGUUCAACAAGUUUUGAGCGACCUGUUGCACGAUAUGAACGACUUGGGGAGUGAAAAUGUGGAUUGUUUGGAAGAGGAUGAAGACGACGAAAUAUAUAUCACAGCGGGAUUGGAAAGCGUUAACAUAACCGAGAACAAGAACGAGACUGAGGCCUCAGAUGAAUUAUCUGGUUCGUCGUCGACCAAAUAUGUUAGCGCACUAGAAGAUUUGACAGAGAAUGACGAUUCCUAUUGUAAGUAG